CCGCAGGUCUACGGGGCGGCGAUGAACAUAAACCGGGGGAACCCGGGGCAGUUCGAGGUCGUGGUGGACUCGUGGCCCGACUUCGGCGCCGUGCUGGCGCGGCAGAGCGGAGAGAUGCCGGUGGAUGACUGCUACAGGAACAUGCACGGGGCUUUCUACCGGGAUGUGGGUGCCUACCGGGCGCUGCUGGAGACCCCCGGCUGCCUGCGCUGGGACACCGCCUUCCACAUCUUCGGGCUGCAGGAGGGGGUGGCCACGGUGUCACAGGCCAUCGCGGGGACCAAGGGGAUCGAGCUGGAGAUCUCCGAUUACUACACCUACGUGCACCCCGACCCCAGCACCAUGCCCGAACCCCGGCUGGACCCCGACGUACGGGUGGGUUCGGUGAGCCCGGCGCACGUGGAUCUGCUGAACGAGACGUGGACGUACGGGGGCAACGCGCGCAGCCGGCGGUACUUGGCGGAGGUGCUGAGUCGCUUUCCCAGCCUCUGCCUGCAGGAUGGGACCGGGCAGCCCGUCUGCUGGGUCCUGACCGACCCCUUCGGGACGGGGGCCCACGGCUACACCCUACCCACCCAUCGCCGCCGUGGCCACAUGCGGGCGGCGCUGGCCCUCGCCGCCCGUCGGGCGCAGGCCCGUGGCUUCCCCACUUUUGGGCACACGGCCACGGGCAACCUGCCCAUGCAGCGGCUGCAGGAGGAGCUGGGCCACCAACGACUGCCGGGGCUGUGCCACUUCGUCCUGCACAACCCCAGCCUGGGCAGGGCCGGACCCUGAGUUGUUCUCCCCCUCCCCGGUCACCCCCCCUGCUGUGGGGCAAGGAAAUCCCCAGGCUGUGGGGGCAAGGAAGAAAACAAAAAGCAGUGUAGACUCUCUGAUGGCUGCUAUAGGGUUGUGUCUGCCUCCGGCACCGGUUUUCUCGCACCUGGCUCGGCACCGGCCGUUGCACCCGUGAUCCGGUUUGGUGGCUCGGGCGGUGGGGUGUCACCGUCCCUGGGGAGUCACCCUGUCCCUCUGUGUCGGGACACGCACCGCAGCC